CUUAAGAGAAUUAAUGGGAAUUGGAAUUGCAUGAAUUUGGGCGGUAAAUGAACCUCCCCUGUUUUUCUCUUUCUCGCAUCCAUUCCUUUCCUCACAAUGCGGGAGACUCACCAUCACCAUCACCACAUCUCUUUCUCCGCUCAUUCAUUUCCUUCACUCUUCUCUCCUCCUCUCAAUUUUUCACUUUUUUCAAAAUCAAUCCCAAAAAACAACAAUUAUUUCCAUCAAUGCUAUGCUUUCUAAAUUCCAACAAUGAAAUUCACCAAUUUCUGAAAAGGCCAAUAUUUUCUAGAUUGUGAAAUAUCAAGUAAUACAAGAACAAUAUGGGUGUUUCUAUGAGAGAUUUGGAUCCAGCUCUCAAGGGAGCUGGACAAAAAGAUGGACUUGAAAUAUGGCGGAUUGAGAAUUUUAAUCCAGUUCCUAUCCCACAGUCUUCUUAUGGAAAGUUUUUCAAUGGAGACUCAUAUAUUGUCUUGAAGACAACAGCAUCAAAAAGUGGUGCUCUACGCCAUGAUAUUCAUUAUUGGCUUGGUAAAGACACUAGUCAAGAUGAAGCUGGUGCCGCAGCCAUCAAAACAGUUGAGUUGGAUGCAGUUCUAGGAGGACGUGCUGUUCAGUAUCGUGAAGUGCAGGGUCAUGAAACACAGAAGUUCCUGUCAUAUUUCAAACCAUGCAUUAUACCACAAGAAGGUGGAGCUGCCUCUGGUUUUAAGCAUGUUGAAGCUGAAGAACACACGACACGGUUGUUUGUAUGUAAAGGGAAACAUGUUGUGAAUGUCAAAGAGGUUCCUUUUGCUCGAUCUUCGCUCAACCAUGAUGAUAUUUUUAUUCUGGAUACCGAGUCAAAACUAUUCCAAUUUAAUGGUUCCAAUUCAUGUAUUCAAGAAAGGGCUAAAGCAUUGGAAGUUGUUCAAUUUAUUAAGGAUACCUAUCAUGAUGGGAAAUGUGAAGUGGCUUCUAUUGAGGAUGGAAGGUUGAUGGCUGACUCUGAAUCUGGAGAGUUCUGGGGUUUGUUUGGUGGAUUUGCUCCUCUUCCACGUAAAACAUUCAGUGAUGAUGAUAAGACAAUUGAUUCUCAUGAUCCAAAGUUGCUUUGUGUUGAAAAAGGGAAGGCAGAGCCUAUUGAAACUGAUUCUUUGACAAAGGAAUUGCUGGACACCAAUAAAUGCUAUAUUAUAGAUUGUGGAUUGGAGGUGUAUGUUUGGAUGGGAAGAAAUACCUCUCUUGAUGAUAGGAAAAGCGCAAGUGGAGCUACAGAUGAACUAGUCCGUAGCACCGACCGGCCAAAAUCCCAGAUAACACGUGUAAUUGAAGGAUUUGAGACAGUGAUGUUCAAGUCCAAAUUUGAGUCUUGGCCUCAGACAUCUAAUCUAACAAUGUCUGAAGAUGGUCGUGGCAAGGUAGCAGCACUUCUUAAACGUCAAGGAUUAGAUGUCAAGGGCCUCUUGAAAGCUGAUCCAGUAAAAGAAGAACCUCAACCCUACAUCGAUUGCACAGGGCAUUUACAGGUUUGGCGUGUGAAUGGUCAAGAAAAAAAGCUUCUUGCAGGCACUGACCAGUCAAAAUUUUAUAGUGGAGACUGCUUCAUCUUUCAGUAUUCAUAUCCUGGUGAAGAUAGGGAGGAAUAUCUUAUAGGAACAUGGAUUGGACAGAACAGUGUUGAGGAAGAAAGAGCCUCAGCUCAUACACUAGCAAGCAAAAUGGUCGAGUCAAUGAAGUUUCUGCCAUCCAUGGCUCGUAUUUAUGAAGGCAAUGAAACAAUUCAAUUUCAUUCCAUCCUCCAAAGCUUUAUUGUUUUUAAGGGCGGACUUGGUGAUGCAUACAAGAAUUACAUCGCCGAGAAGGAAAUUCCGGAUGAGACAUACAGGGAGGACAGUGUUGCAUUAUUCCGCAUCCAAGGCUCUGGACCAGACAAUAUGCAAGCAAUACAAGUUGACCCAGUUGCUUCCUCCUUGAAUUCCUCUUAUUUCUACAUACUUCAUAGUGAGUCCAUUGUUUUUACUUGGUCUGGAAAUCUUACUACUUCAGAUUACCACGAACUCGUUGAGAGAAUGCUGGAUUUAAUAAAGCCGGAUUUACAAGGCAAACCACAAAGGGAAGGUGCAGAAUCUGAACAGUUUUGGGAACUAUUAGGAGGAAAGACAGAAUAUCCCAGUCAAAAGAUUGUGAGGGAAGCUGAAAAUGAUCCUCACCUAUUUUCAUGCAAUUUCUCACAAGGAAAUUUAAAGGUGACAGAGAUACACAACUUUUCCCAGGAUGAUUUGAUGACAGAAGAUAUUUUCAUCUUGGAUUGUCACUCUGAAAUCUUUGUGUGGGUUGGCCAGCAGGUUGACCCCAAAAGUAGAUUGCAGGCUCUACCAAUUGGCGAGAAAUUUCUUGAGAAAGAUUUUCUCCUAGAAACAAUAUCUCGUUAUACUCCAAUAUAUUUUGUCAUGGAAGGCAGUGAGCCGUCUUUCUUCACACGCUUCUUUAAAUGGGAUUCUGCGAAAUCUUCAAUGCUGGGGAACUCGUUUCAAAGGAAGCUUGCAAUCAUGAAAAAUGGGGGUACUCCACCUUUGGUUAAACCCAAAAGAAGAGCAUCUGUAUCUUAUGGGGGAAGGUCUGGUGGCUUGCCAGAGAAAUCACAACGCUCCCGCAGUAUGUCUGUUAGUCCUGACCGGGCUCGUGCGCGAGGAAGAUCUCCGGCCUUCAAUGCCCUGGCAGCUACUUUCGAGAGCUCAAAUGUUAGAAACCUUUCAACUCCACCUCCAAUGAUUAGAAAACUGUACCCAAAAUCUAAGACACCAGAUUCAGCAUCACCAACAUCUAAAUCUUCAUCCAUAUCUCACAUUACUUCUACUUUUGAACGACCAUCAGCACGAGGAAGUUUGUUUCCUAGGUCACUUAAAGAUACCUCCAAAUCAAACCCAGAGACAAAUAGUGACAACGAGAAAUCUCCGAUCAACAGAGAAGAAUCUCUUACUAUACAAGAAGAUGUAAAAGAAGGUGAAGCUCAGGAAGAUGUAAAAGAAGGCGAAGCUCAGGAAGAUGUAAAAGAAGGUGAAGCUGAAGAUAAUGAAGGUCUUCCAGUAUACCCAUAUGAAAGUGUUAACACAGCCGCUACCGAUCCCAUGCCAGACAUCGACGUGACUAAACGAGAGGCUUACCUGUCAAACGACGAGUUCAAAGAGAAACUGGGGAUGGCCAGGAGCGAAUUUUACACGUUACCAAAAUGGAAACAGAACAAACUCAAAAUGGCUGUUCAGUUGUUCUGAGUCAAGUAUACUUAACCACAUGUUUUUCUUUGUAGUGGUUUGAUGUAUAGGAUGAUUUCUUUUGUUCAUAGCUGCUUGGUAUUAAUAUUUUGAUGGGAAACAAGGGCUGUUGGUGUGCUUGUGUUUUUGUGGUUCCUUGUUAAUCAUUUUUGAAUUCAAAAUAUUUCUGGUGAAGCAAUUGAGCUUUGCAAUACCAAAGUUGUAUUGAUAGUUGAGGUAUAAAGUUUGUACAGCAGAGUGUAAAAGCCACUCAAUUCAUUAUUUAUUUUGGAAAUAAAAUAUGAUUCUUUUAA